AUGGCUGUGGGAGCGACCGUUGCGAACGUCCUGAACUCCCACAACCCUGAGGUUUCCGUUCCAUCUACCGUCGUCUUCUACAUCUUCACGGCGGUGUUUACCAUGCUCAUCACAGUCCCCUAUACCAUUGUCGCACCACGGUACUUCCCGACUCUGGCACAUCCGUAUGCAAUGCUUGCCGCAGAAGCAAUCACUUCGGUCUUUUGGCUGUCAGGCUUCGCCGCCAUGGCCGACUUUUUGAGGAGGUCCGCCGUCUGUUCUGUUGGGGCUUGCGCAUCCACAAGGGGAAGUGUAGUAGUUGGCGUCUUCGAAUUCCUCCUUUUCGCAGUUACGGCCUUCUUUGCAUUCUCUCAUGUCUUCCUGGGAGAUAGGUUUGCCACUAAGAAACCAAGCAACAAACAAUUGGAAGAAUCAAGAUCAUGGUCGGGUGCUGAGCGGGUUUGA